ACAAAAUGGCAGUGGCUUGCGUCUAAUCAAUUUCAUUUCCCGCUUUCUCUUUUCAAAUGGAAAGUUGAGUCGCCUUUUCUAAGGUGUUUUGAAAUAAAAAAUGUCGUUUUUCGACCCCUCCCUUCUCAAUUUCUUUUCUCUGCUUACCUUUUUGAUAUCAAAUUCCUUCUUAUUCUUUCAUAGUUGAAUAGAUAAUGAUAGAAACUAAUAAUCCCUACAUGUUCAGCGCCAAUACUACUAAUAUUACCACUACCACUACCACUACUACUACUAUUACUGCUGCUGCUAAAACUGAUACCACUAAUGAUAUCCCUCCAACUACUACAAAUAUGAAUAAAGAUAAAAGCAAGAUUAUCUCAACUAUUGAAACACAAGCUGAAAACAAUAGAAGUAUAUAUAGGCACGAACCACUGAGCAAUAAUGGAAUCCUCUACAAUAAUAAUUCCCAUCAACAACAACAGCACAAAUAUAGCAGUGGCACCAAUAACACUAAUACAAUGCCCAUAAAACGAGACUCUUCUCUAUUUGACAAUUAUAUCUACAAUAAUAAACCACCAACACCAAUUUCAGCGUCGUCAACAACAUCAAUAUCCUCACCUGCCCUUUCUUCAAAUAUGAAGUUUCAGCAAAAUAACUACAAUAGCGAUAACCAUUAUUCACAGCAACAAUCUAGUAAUGGCCGUUGGUACAAUGGUGCGUCGUCAUCACCAGCUGUUGUUUCAGUCAUACACGCACCGCCGCCACCGCCAUCGAUGAAAGAGAAAGAGGCUAUAGAGCCAGAUUCCAGGCAGAUAAACACUAAUACAACCUCCACGACUACAAAUAAUAAUAAGAAAAGUAAAAGACGAAAAGAAAUGACGAAGUAUAUGGAAAGCUUAAAUCAAAAUUUUUUGAAAAACAAAGAAAGGAUAUACCUGGAAAGGCUGGAAUCAAUACGACAAGAAAUGCUUUCUGCUCGCAAAGAUCAGCACAUAGUCUAUAAAGAAUGCUUACGUGAUCUAGAGCAAAUGAGGCAAAAAAUGAUUGAUGAAUUCUCGCUGUUCAAAGAAUAUCAAAUCGAAGUUACAGAUAGGCAAUUUAAAUUAGAAAUAUACCAAGCUGAUGAAGAAUAUACCGCUGAGAAACAGGAAGUUAGGGAAAAGCUAUACAACAUGCUUGAAGAAAAACGAAGGAAGCUGAAGGAAGAGAAAGAUAAUUGUGAUUUAACAUACGAUAUCAUGAUGGAAACUCAAGCUAGAAUGCAUAAACGUAACUUACGAAAAAGAGGUGCUGAGCAUCCAGAGAAUAAGUCAAGUAAAAAGAAGCAAAUGACAGGACCUGCUCUAGUCAUUGGUUUGAAAGAGGAGGAUAUAGUAGCGGAUUUGCAAGCAAUGAUGCAGGUAAAGUAGAAAAAUAGCAAAAUUCGGCAAUCAUCUAUAUAAGUUAUUUGUAAUGACAGCAUCAGGAUAUUUACUACUCUUAAUACGUUAGAGUUCUGCUGCUAACCUCGUCACUACUUCAUCUACAAUGUUCAACAAUCAUACCUCAUCACUAAAGAAAA